ACUUUGAUAAUUCCAUUCCCAUCAAUGGCUUCUUCAAUUCAUCUUCUCCAAACCCACCUUUACAUCUCUCUUCGGGAAUCAAAACCCACCAUUAUUCUUUCAUCCAAACAACCCUUCUUUUUCCUUCCCAAAAAACCACCAACCAAACACCCUCUUAAAACCCUCAAAGUCCAAGCUACCUCCGGCCCACAACCACGGCCUCCGUUGCCGGAUACCCAGAAAUACAUUCUUGAAAUCUUGGAAAAUGAUGAUGUAAAGUCUUUACCUUGUGUUAGAACUUAUGAGAAUGAUUUGGGCCGGUUGAGUGUUGUUGGAGGUGUUGAUUUGGAGCAGGCUUUGACUGCGGCAGCCGCGGAUGGCGGUGAGGCGGCGGAGGAGCAUAUUGUUAAUGGGUUGGAUGUUAUGGUGGCUGAGACUGUUUUCCCAGGUCAUUCUGAUGAACAUAGUACUAUUUCUACUAGAUUGUUUUUGCCAUCGAGAAAAGUCAAAGAGAGAGCUAAAAGUCUCCAAAACUAUAUGAAUAAGGACAUUUUAUCGAGCACUGCGUCUACAAAUAUACUUGCCAUGACGUUUCGACAAGUGACUUUAAGACAACUUUGGAGUUUUGAACUUCUUUUGUUCAGACCAGGAACAACAAGAAAUAUGAAAGAUCUUGCUAACAUAAGAGAGGUCCCAGCUUCUUUUACCUUCAGUUCCUCGGAUGAACAAGCUAUAUCCAUGCUUGCAGAAGUGAUUUCCGUUUCUUCGCUCCAAAGCACUAAAAAAGAUUAUAUUGAUAACUCAUUAGGCAAGUCAUCCUAUAAUAUGUUCCGUCUAUUUCAAAAACCUGAAAAAAUCUCAUCAAAAGACUCUUCUGUUAUCUUAUACAAAGUAUUUGAAGAUGAAUUGGUUGAAAAUGCCAAAAGUUUGCUUGAGAAGUUUAAUUCUAUGAAGGCAAGCUAUAAGCCUAAAGAAACCUCAUUAAAGUUUAGUUGGUGGCCAUGGUCCGUCUUUUCUAAACUGGAAAAAAUGGGUGGUCCUGAAUUUAGUGCAUGGGUGACCGAGUAUGUUCCUGCAUAUAGACUACAAGUUGAUAGUGACAAGUUAAGGGAUUUGAAGUUUGAAGGAUGGAAAGAAUAUGCUAAAAAUAAGUUGGAAGUUCUUCUUACCCACUCCCAAAUGGUAUGCCUGGCUAACAUAUUAGAUAUGUAUUAUGAGGAUUUAUUCACACUACCAGAUAAGAAAUUGCCAUAUAAUGCAGCUGCCAAGACUACUAACAUGCACAUCAAGAAGAAAAGUAAUCCUUUAUUGAAAAUGCUAUCUACUGUCAUCAUAAGCGGAUGCUUCAUUGUUACUGUAAGUGUAUUGGGCCGACUUUAUUUUCCCCGUUUCCAAAAUGGGCAAAAGAAAAUCGGAGGAAAUCAACAACCCCAAUCAUCACAUACUGGAUCAAUUCGUUUUUGGUCCCUGGAUUCAUCUACGUUGGAAGACAUUUGCAUUUCAAUUGUGAAAAAAGUUCAGUCAGUUUAUGGAUGGAGCGGAGAAAUAAGAAAAGAAAGUGGUGGUGGUGUAUCGACAGGUGAACUCCCUGACUACCUUAGAAGAUUGGUUCAAGUUGAUUCUAGCUACAAUGACACUACACUCACUUCAACUGAUAAGAGUGAGGAAGAGUUGUUAGCAUCCGGACAUAAAAUUGCAAGUUAUCAGAUUGUGUUAUCAUCUGAAGGGAAAAUAGUUGGAUUCCAACCCACGAGCCUUCUUGCUGUAAAUAAUUGGGCAUCAAACCCCUUGACUGAAGAGCUGUAUGGCCGGAAAAAACUCUCGCCUGGAUUCUUUGAACCCUCACCGAAAAUCAAACCACCUACGGAAGUGGUCUUGUUAGAGUUGGUAAUGUCAGAAAUCAGUGGCUCACAUUUCGUGUUGGUCAGACCUAUAAAUGUGCCCGAGGACUGUUAAUUGUGUUACAAGAUUCAUAAUUUUGACUAGAAGUUAACGUAGUAUACCUUUCGAGCUAAUUGGCUCAUAAACAUCAUGAUUGUAUUGUUCGAGUUAACUUUUAAAGUAGAUGCGUAGCUCAGUGAAAACCAUUCUGUGGCUAUGGUUUAGCUUCCAGUUUUGAUUAGUUCAGUAUUCGUAUUUAGCCUAUUGAUACUUGGAGUGACCCAUCAACUAGGAGGCUAUAGUCUUGUGAAGGUCAAAUUUUUGGUGGCGUUUGGUUUGACCUAAGAUUUUCAUGUGUAGUCAUAACUUAAGAUAUUAUAUAUACUUUCGACACAAUUGUAUUACAAAUAAAUACUUUAUCAAAGGUCGAUUUUUAUA